GCAUGGAGAGACUGAGAAGGAAAGUAAGCGAAAGAAAGUAGAGAAGGUCUGCGGUUUCAAGAAAAUAUUAAUGACGAAGCCGUGUAUGGUUUCAGUUGGGUAGGUCUGGGUUUUUAUAAUGCUUUCAAGCCUGGUCUCCUCCUCUUAAAUUUCCUUUCUUCAAAGCUCUGCUGAUCUGCCGUCCAGAAGAACAAAAAAUCAUACAGUGUACCUCUCAGUGUAUGAAUCCGAAGCACGCAAUGAUGAUCUUGAUGCUGAAGGUCCAAGGGGCUCUGUCCAUGUUUAAUUAGCCUCCACCCACCACCCAUCCUUGCCAUUAAUAGAGAGAGAGAGAGAGAGAGGCUGCCUUAAUGCUGGUCCUUUUCUUUGCUUUCCUUUAAUUUCUUGUUUGUAUUGGUGUUUGGGUGGAGUAAUAUCAAGGAAAAGCCAGAUUUCUUUGAGCCUUUUGUUUCGCUAGUAAUGGUCUUCUAGCUUUCUUUCUUGGCACUGAAUGAGAGAUAUGGGUGUUGUUGGAAGGAAGAGAGCUGGGUUUUCAGCUCUUCCUGCUCUUCUUCUUCUUCUUCUGCCUAUAUUUUUCGCCAUCUUUCUUGGAAGUUCUCCGGUUGUUUCAGGCCUGAAUUACACAGAGUACAGGCAAGUGAGUAGCUUGAGACUUGAAAGGAUAAAGAGGCAUUUGGACAAGAUUAACAAGCCUGCUGUGUUAACGAUAGAGAGCCCAGAUGGAGAUACCAUUGAUUGCGUCCAUAAAAGAAACCAACCAGCUUUAGAUCAUCCCCUUUUAAAGAAUCACAAGAUCCAGAGACAUCCUUCAGAGAUGCCGAAAGUGAGAGAGGUGAAAAGGGUGGAAGAUGAUGGGAGUCAUAAAGGAGCAGUGAGGGGUGCAUGGCAAGUGUGGCAUCGAAAUGGGACACGAUGUCCAAAGGGAACGGUUCCCAUACGCCGAAGUGCAGUUCAUGAUGUCUUAAGAGCCAAGUCUUUGUUUCAUUUUGGGAAGAAACAACGUAAGGUUCGGCUUACUAGCUCCACUGAAGCACCUGAUGUAGUCAGCGGCAAUGGCCAUGAGCAUGCAAUAGCCUACACCGGAGCAUCCCAAGAAGUGUAUGGGGCAAAGGCUACUAUAAACGUGUGGGACCCAUCAAUCCAAGUGGUCAACGAGUUCAGUCUCUCCCAGAUUUGGAUUCUUUCGGGAUCAUUCGACGGCUCGGAUCUCAACAGCAUAGAAGCUGGAUGGCAGGUCAGUCCGGAGCUUUAUGGUGACAGCAGGCCCAGAUUGUUCACUUAUUGGACGACUGAUUCGUAUCAGGCAACGGGGUGCUACAACCUUCUUUGCUCAGGAUUUGUGCAAACCAAUAGCAGGGUAGCCAUUGGAGCUGCCAUUUCUCCGGUAUCAUCAUAUUCAGGCAGCCAGUAUGACAUUACCGUCCUCAUCUGGAAGGAUCCAAAACUAGGAAAUUGGUGGAUGAGGUUUGGUGACAAUGUAUUAGUAGGGUACUGGCCAGCAGAGAUAUUUACCCACUUAACAGACCAUGCCACUAUGGUGGAGUGGGGUGGUGAGGUGGUGAACACACGGGCCAACGGCGAGCACACCUCAACCCAAAUGGGCUCUGGUCACUUUUCCGAUGAAGGUUUCGGAAAAGCAAGCUACUUUCGGAACCUAGAGAUCGUUGACGCCGAUAAUAGUCUCAGCUCAGUCCAAGAGAUCUCAACCCUAGCUGAGAACACCAGGUGUUACAACAUCAGGAGCUCCAACAACAAUCAAUGGGGCACACACUUCUACUAUGGAGGGCCAGGGAACAAUCCGCAGUGCACUUGAUCAUCAUCAACAUCGUCCACGUAACAUAUGAUCUAUUGUUAAAUUCUUUAAUGUGUAAUUAUAGAAUUUAUGCUAUUUCCACACUUGUUUCUGCUUGUACCAAUUUUUUUGUUUUGGAGAUUUGAUGUCUAUUAAGUAAAUAAGACAAAGGUAAGCAUUGCAUAAACAGGCUUGGAAAUAGCAGUAUUUUGGAUGUACGUAAGUUAUCGAUUGUAGCAGUGUUAUUGUUCUCGUGGCCGCACCAUGCCAAUUAUCUAAGCAAGUUGGCAUUUCUAUUA